CCGUCUAGUCGAAAAGUUUGUGCUAUAACAGACAUUUGUUUGUAUGUGGCGGGAGGCUAAGUUUCACAACAAUUGCUACCAAAAACAGUCGAUAUUUAUUAUCAUUACUUCCCAGAUUUAUAUUUAAAUUUCGUUUAAAGAGCUUUCAAAUAUGGCUGCGAAUAAGGAGUUUCUUGUUGUCGUAUUGGAUAUACGCCCAACCGCUAAUGAAGAUUUUAAACUAAAGUCGGUAAAAUUAGUAGCAGACAUUUUGAAAGAUAAGAUUUGCGCCGGUAGAAAAGAUUUCGUUUCAUUUGUAUUGCUCGGUAGUGAAAAAACAUUGAACGAUGUAAAUGAGCAUGUUUUUCCAGAUGGUUAUAACAAUAUAACGCAGUAUCAGCAGCCACAAUGUCCUACUUGGCAGUUACUGUUAAACUUCUAUAAAUUUGUAAAUGAAGACGCUUGUGACGAUGGUGAAUGGUUAGAUGCUCUUGUGGUUGCGAUGGAGGUGCUCAAAAGGGGUGAAGAAUGUUUCAAAUUUCAAAGAUCGCGCAUUUUGUUCUUUUAUGAUUUCAAUGAUGCACCGAAUUCAUAUGACAUGUACGACGUUAUUGUACAAAAUGUAGCACAAACAGAAGUCGAAUUGGUUAUUAUCUCUGAGAAUAUACAAUACGUCGAUAAUCCAAUCAGCGGUCUGCCCAAAGUAAUAUUUCGCGAAGGCAAGAAAAGUAAGCAGCAGUUGAAAAAUGAAGAUUAUGCUUUGCAACUUAUCACAAAUUGCAGCGCAAAACUGUAUAACUUUGAAGAAGCUAAACGCUGCGUUUUCAAAAUUAUUAACAAACGACCUUGGGUGUGGAACAGCAAACUAACAGUUGGUUCAGAAAUCACAAUUAAAAUAUCUGGAGUUAUCUAUAUGAAGGACGAGAGUAAUAUAAAAUUAAAGAAAUGCUGGGGCCAAGAAGAUGAACUUGUUUCUCGCGAACUGAAGUCCUUUGUGCGUGGCACAGAAAUAGAGCCUAGUGAAACUGAGCUUAUUGAAGGUUACAUGUUAGGUUCCACCCCGAUACCAUUUGAUGAAUCGCUAAAAGACGAGAAGGAACGCUAUGAGCCGGGACUCAAGUUCGUGGGAUUUAUGAAGCGUGACUCUAUACCUGAUGAAUAUUUCUGUGGCGAUUCGUUGUACUGGAUUGUGCAUCAAAAGGGUAUGAAUGCAUCAGCACAGAAACUCGAUGCAUUAGUACGCGCUAUGACCAACACAAAUAUGGCGAUGCUCUGCUGCAAAGUGUAUAGUGUCGGAUUCAAUGCGCCGAAGAUGGUGGUACUAUUGCCAAAUAAGCUCCAUCCCGAUAGGCCUGCCUCACUGACCAUGAUCGAGAUCGCUUAUCAUUCGCAAUAUCAGUACUUUCAAUUUCCACGCCUUCGUACUCCAAAAACGGAAUGUACAAACGAACAAAUCGAUGCUAUAGAUAAUUUGAUUGAUUCCAUGGAUCUGUCAUUGAAUCCUAAAGAGUCAGAUGUUCCACGUGACAUAUGCCAGCCAGACUUAUUACCUUUCGAGUCAUUGCCUCAUAUUUAUGAACAGAAUGUUAUGGAUGUUCUAGAAAGGAAGAUAAUAUCAAAUGUUAAAGAAGAUGAACAAUUCGCAGAAAUGUUAGAAGAUAAAAAUUUUGUAGAAAUCUUUUGGAAAAUACCCGAACUGCGAGAAAAAGUUUCAAAGCAUGCCGCUAAAGUUGUAAAAUCGCUAUUUCCGUUAGAAGAAAAUGUGCCGAAAGUACCUACGAGUGGGAAAACUAAAGUAAAAUCAGAAAAUACUGAAAGUGGUGCGAGUACUUCGAUAGAAGGUAACUCACCACAGAUUUGCGAUAAAGUUAGUGAAAAUACACCUGCUGACGAUUUCCGUCAACUUAUACAAAACAAUGUUUUAAAAAUACAGAAUCGCACAGAACGCGACGCAAAAUUUCAAAUGUACGCGCAACAAAUGCGAAGUGUUAUUUGGUAUUUAUUGUUUGACACUAAGGAUAAAUUAAACUAUAAAAAAUUGGAAGAAGCGUUGGAAAUUUACCGUAAGCAAUGCUAUGACUUUAACUCAUUUGAUGAAUACAAUGAAUGGAUAAGCGAAGUGAAGAAAAAAGUCGUACCGAACAAGCUUCAAGAUUUUUGGCAGCAUGUAGUUGCUGAAAAGGAUUUGGGGCUUUGUUUUGUCAGUACCGAUUGGCUAGAGAGCAAACGUGCGCUGGAGAAGUUUUAUGAAUUGCCAGUCGAUGACAUGGCAGAACACAACGAGUAAGGCUUCUAUACAGCAUUCAUUUUUAUUGUUAAUAAUUUUUGUUGGUGUAUGCUAAGAUUAUAAACCUACCCAAAAUUUAAUUUAUAAUUUGUAUGCAAAGUAAAAUAUAUAGAAUAAGUAAAUCUACUUUGGACUCUACGAAAUGAAGCUGGAGAUCACACUAUGUGUCUACCUUUUGUGAAUUUUCCCUUUUUCUUAUUUCAUUUUUAAUUUCCAAUAUAAAGAACUUACAAUUGUUCGUGAAACUUGUAACUUUUAGUGGUUUUCUGUUGGUUUACUUAAUUAUUUUUCCUUUUCCAUAUCAACUAAUAAAUACUACUUUGAAGCUUAA